CGGGGCGGGGCAGCGGCAGGAGGAGCAGCAGAGGCAGGAGGAGGCAGGUGAGGGUGGCCGCAGCUGGGCCGGGACCAGGGGCGGAGCGGAGCGCGGGGCGGGGAGCGCCGGGUCGAGCCGUGCCGGGCACACACUGCUCCCUCCCAUCCCUCCGCCCGCACUCCUUCGCUCUCGCUCUCCGUAUACCGGGACAGUGCCCGAAACUCGGUGGGGACAGCGGCUCCCGACGGCUCCCCGGACGCGGUUGUGUAUUAUCCUGAACGAUGGCCCCCUUUUUACGGAUAUCUUUCAACUCAUUUGAGCUGGGACCUGUUCAGAAUCAAGGAGAGCAACUACAGCCUUUCUGUGCUAUCAAGAUGAAGGAAGCUCUGACUACAGAGAGAGGAAAAACUCUAGUUCAGAAGAAACCCACCAUGUAUCCCGAAUGGAAAUCGACUUUUGAUGCCCACAUUUAUGAGGGCCGAGUGAUCCAGAUAGUGCUGAUGAAAGCAGCAGAGGAGCCACUGUCUGAAGUGACUGUGGGGGUGUCUGUGCUGGCAGAACGGUGCAAGAAAGGCAAUGGCAAAGCAGAGUUCUGGCUUGACCUUCAGCCUCAGGGGAAGGUUCUGAUGGCUGUGCAGUAUUUUUUGGAAGAUGCAGACUGCAGACAGUCGAUGAAGGAAGAGGAGGGGACAGUAACUAUCAACAGGAGAGGAGCCAUCAAGCAAGCCAAAAUCCACUACAUCAAAAAUCAUGAAUUUAUCGCCACCUUCUUUGGACAACCUACAUUUUGCUCUGUCUGCAGAGACUUUGUAUGGGGACUCAACAAGCAGGGAUACAAAUGUAGGCAAUGCAAUGCUGCUAUUCAUAAGAAAUGUAUUGAUAAAAUCAUCGGGAGGUGUACUGGUACUGCAGCCAACAGCAGGGAUACAAUGUUCCAGAAGGAGAGGUUCAACAUCGACAUGCCCCACCGCUUCCGAGUCUACAACUACAUGAGCCCCACCUUCUGUGACCACUGUGGCAGCCUGCUCUGGGGGCUGGUCAAGCAAGGGCUCAAGUGUGAAGAAUGUGGGAUGAAUGUGCAUCAUAAAUGCCAGAAGAAAGUGGCAAACUUAUGUGGAAUAAACCAGAAGUUGCUAGCUGAAGCUUUAAAUCAAGUUAGCCAGAAAUCUACACGAAGGUCUGAUUCUGGAUCUGUAGAAAGUGUUGGUAUUUAUCAAGAUUUUGAUAAGAAACAUAAAGCGCCAGGAGGAGACACAACAGCAGAUAACAGCGAGUACGAUAAGCUCUGGGAGGUAAAUACAACCAAGCCAGUGCCAAGAGCUGCAAGGAGAAAAUUCAACAUAGACAGCUUUGUCUUCCACAAAGUGCUGGGGAAAGGCAGCUUUGGGAAGGUUCUGCUUGCUGAGCUGAAAGGGAAGAAUGAAUUCUUUGCUAUCAAAGCUCUGAAAAAGGACGUGGUGCUAAUUGAUGAUGACGUGGAAUGUACCAUGGUGGAAAAGAGGGUUCUCGCUCUUGCCUGGGAAAAUCCAUUUCUCACACAUCUUUACUGCACAUUUCAGACAAAGGAUCAUUUGUUCUUCGUUAUGGAGUUCCUGAAUGGGGGAGACCUGAUGUUCCACAUCCAAGACAAGGGGCGUUUCGACCUCUACAGAGCAACGUUUUACGGAGCUGAAAUUUUAUGUGGGCUUCAGUUUCUUCACAGCAAAGGCAUUAUUUAUAGAGACCUAAAACUGGACAAUGUGAUGCUUGAUAAAGAAGGCCACAUCAAAAUAGCUGAUUUUGGAAUGUGCAAAGAAAACGUUGUUGGUGACAACAAGGCGAGCACCUUCUGUGGGACCCCCGACUACAUCGCUCCCGAGAUCCUGCAGGGUUUGCGCUACACGUUCUCUGUGGACUGGUGGUCGUUUGGGGUGCUGCUCUAUGAGAUGCUGAUUGGCCAGUCCCCUUUCCAUGGGGAUGAUGAAGAUGAACUGUUUGAGUCGAUCCGAGUGGACACCCCUCACUACCCACGCUGGAUUACCAAGGAAUCAAAGGAUAUAUUAGAAAAGCUCUUUGAAAGGGAUCCAGCAAAACGACUUGGGGUCACUGGGAAUAUCAGAGACCAUCCUUUCUUCAAAACAAUUAACUGGACAGCGCUAGAGAAGAGGGAGAUGGACCCUCCCUUCAGGCCAAAAGUGAAAUCAGCAAGUGACUACAACAACUUUGACAGAGAAUUUCUGAGCGAGAAGCCAAAACUGUCUUACAGUGACAAAAACCUGAUUGAGUCCAUGGAUCAGUCUGCAUUUGAUGGAUUUUCUUUUAUUAACCCAAAAUUUGAACAGAUCUUGAACAAGUAAGUCUCUGGCCAGCUGGACUUUAAUGAAGGGUUACACUUUACAAACCCAGACUCCUAAGUGUUAAUGCAUCCCAACAACGUCGAUACUUCAGAAUUAUACACGGUAGUGUGAUGAAUUGUGUUCAACUCCUGAUUUAUUGGCAGUGUUUCUAUGCAUGGUUGGGUUUAAGGUAUGUGAAUCAUGUGCAUUAUUUUCUCUGUUUGGGAAAAUGUAAAUUCUGUUUGGUACUUGAAUGUAGUUAUGUUAUAUAUAUAUAUGUGUGUGCUGUAUAUUUUGCUCGAGAGAAGACAUUGGGGAACAGAAGAUGUCUUUUUAAAAUGUGUUUGAGCCCUUUGGUUCUUUUAUUUAAUGUAACUCUCAUUCAUGGCUCUAUGAUUUUUAACUAUAUACAAUUUAACUCAAGUUGUCCUUAAACUACAGUAAAAAAUAAUGCUUGGUCAGCCCUGAUCACUUUCUUAAAAUAUUUGUUGUUUUUGUGAAUUAAACAAAAGGAAGUGUCAGGCAAAAGCAGAGAUUCCUUGUGUGACACCAGCUGCUGUGGGAAACUGCUCAGGGGUGCUUUGGCUGAAAAAAUGCUACGUAUUUAUUCCAAGGCAGUGCAAGCAUGAGACAAAGAGGCCUCAGCAUCCCAGAGCAGCUUGAUCCUGCCUGGGAAUGUGGGGUUCUGCCACUCAAUGCCACUUCCUGCUCAGAGCCACAACAAUCACAGCAGGAGAGAGCCCAGGUAAUGACUGCACUUACUUGUCUGUUCUUCCUGAGGAAUUAUUCUGUUUAACUGCAAAACACAAAAUCCUUCCUCCUUUAUUUGCUUGUUUGUAACACAGCAGCUGUGUUCCUCCUGAUUGCUGUUAGGACACAAAACCAGAUCCUGCUUUCUUGCAACACCUACUUCUGAAUUUUGAUUUUUAGCCAUUAGUGAUAAAGAAAAACUAAUGUAAUUACUGCAAAGCUCCUUCCAAAACCUUCACCUUGCAGUCAGCUCAUAAAAUUCAGGCUGAAGCAAGGUUUUCUGUAUCUUGUAACACUUUGCAAAACAUUACAAAUUAUUUGAUUUUUCUCAACACUGAGCAGGCAGAAAAAAUGUACAAGUGUCAGUUCACCCAAGAGUUAUGGAAUGCUACAGAACUCUUAGGAGCACCCUGGAGGUUCUGGGUAGUUUCAGACUGUUAAUCCUGCUGCAAGAGCAGCAGAAAGCUGUAAUACUUUGUAGAGACUCAAAAACAAAAUAGACUGCUGCCUUUGUUCUGCUCCUUACGAACAGCUCUAGCUUCUUGUUGUAACUCAGGUAAUGCCAGCGUGACUCAGGUGCCCGACUGAGGCUGGAAGGGGCAGAACACAGCUGGCAUUUCCAAACAGCCAGGGCUGGCCUGGUUUACCUACCCCAGUCCAAGGGGAACAAGCAGUGCCCUGCGAGGUGCUGCAGGGAGAGCAGGAACCUGAGCUUUUCCCCUUCUCAGAAGCUACAGAGUCACUUCUGGUUGGCCAUUUUUCACCAGAAAGUGAUUCUGCUUUCCAGGGUGAGAGCUGGGCCCUUGCACCCAGGCAGAAACACAUUUCUAGGUAAGAAGUUACAAGUAUGAGUGCCAGCAGCAGUGGGAAGCUGUUACAAAUUUUAAGUAGCAGUAAGUAUUCCUUGUGGGAAUGCUGGCUCCCUGUGCUUAUCUGCUUUGUUCUGGAGUCACAAGUGCCAGAUCUGCUCAAGAGGCUUCACACAGCAGCUCCUUCAGCUGGCACCUGAGGUAUCAGGAGCACCUCCUGCUGCCACAGCUGUGCCCAACUGCACUUGUGACACAGGGGCACAGUUCCCUUUCCUCUGCAGAGCAGCUCCUCCAACCCUCCUCCACGGGAGCCCUGUCCUGUCAGCCCCUGCACCACUGACACCUCCUGGCAGCACAGACACAAAAGCUCCACAGCCUGGGCAGCUCCUCCACCUCCUCUGCAGAACUGCUGCACCCCAGGGGCACCUGUGAGCACCACCUGGGCUCACUCACCCAUCACCUCUGGAUCAUCCUCAUACUACAGAAAGUUUCAGCUAUUAAAGGAUUUAGUUCAGAAAGCAGCCUAAAAACUCUAAAACAAAGAAGUUACCUGCUCCCCAAACAGAAAUACACAGUAGAAUUAAAAAAUUAUGAAAACGCUCCUCACCUAGCAGAGAAGAAACAAGUGGUUACCACCUGGGGGGCUGCAAUCAGCAAGACAUGAAAAUGUGAGUACAUAAUUCUAGAAGCCCAAAGCAUUAAUUAAUUUUGUCCUUGUCAUUCUGAAGGAUAAGUACCCUUGCAAAUUUAAUGCCCUCCAGCUCCCCUCUGCAUACAAACUUGUACUGACAGGCAGCAUUUGGCUGUUGGUUUUCAGCUUUUCCAAACACCAGCACCAUGUUCAAGAAAAUGUAAGAACAGUGUAGGUCUGAGAGGGUGGAGCAGAUCUUAAUCCCAGUGACCAGGUAAAGCUAAUAAAGUCUUACCUUUCUCCUCCAUCUGCAAUCCUGGUAUGCAUUUAUUUAAUCUUCCAACUUCUUCCUCCAUUAUUGAGUUUCCUACUUGAAUCAUUUGUCACAGUAAAGCAACCACAGGGUGAAUUAGUUUAGCUCUUACAUUUAUAUCUAAACUCCCUAAACUCAGCUUGUGGAAGCUGUGGAACCCUGCUGAGGCUCAGGAACACUCACCUGGCACUUCAGCCACUGGAAAUGGACAUGGAAAGAAACACACAUCAGUGCACCUUGUAGCAUUUGAUCUUUAUUACUUGGAUCAAAGGUCAAAUGAUUACAUUUGUCUGAAAGAUCACAACAAAGGCCAACAAUGUAAGAAAGGAUGGUUUAAUCCCAUUUGAGAGACUGCAUCUGAGCCAGGCACACACAGAACACAGGCAGUCAAAUGGUACAAACACAAAGGUCAGGACAAGGGUUUUCCCUUCCCCUGGCAGUGACUGUUCUGUCAGGAGUGGGGGACACACACUUUUAGAAAGUGAUUAAUGGCAAUUCUUAACUGUGCCUUCCCAGAACAGCAGUUAGGAUUACAGCCUGGGAGAACCCAUCACUCCAAAUCUACAUUCAGCUCAAAUCUACAUUCAUCAUCCACACCUGCUCUCUCCAGCCAGGGUCAGAUGCAGUCACUGAUUUAGUACCUUCCUACCCUAGAACCAACAACUUUUUUUUUUCUUUUUUUCCUCUUCAAGUAUCAGCACAGUAGUUUAUUUACACUUGUAUACAACUCUUUUUACUGAACACCCAUUGCAGUAAAACACUCAUCACAGUAUAUUUGAAAGCAGGAUAUAAAAAUACCUACUGUACAUAGAACAUGUAGCCUCAAGGAUGUUACAGCACCUCUGACAGAUCAGAGAGGUAAAACAAAGGGGCAGAGGAAACACUUCAAGCCGUGCUUGUCAGCAAAGAGAAGCAGCCCCUGGGCUCAGCUUUCACUGGGGGAAGCAUUCCUGCCCACAUUUCUUCAGCCAGGUCUGAGCUCACAGUCUGCCAGUAAAAUCCACUUCUCUAAUGCAGCUUCCUGGGAUUUUUACAGAUAAAUCCUGACAUUCUCAGUGUAAAAACUGUUUAACCACCCCUCCUGUCCCAGCAGAGGAGUGAGGGCUGCCUGGGGCACAGCCCUGCUUUCCCACACCACAGUGGGAGGGGAAAUUGCUCCUUCAAUUGGGCUAUAAAGGUGGCCUUGUUAACCACACCUCAAUAAAUUCACUUCUCCGAGCAGUGCCAGGGAGGCUUCUCUCCUCACCCCACAACUAUGGACACAGCUGAAUUAAUAAAGGUCUGAAAUGGCAUUACCAUAACACACACACACACACAAAGCUUUAGACAGCAGCGCUUGAAGCAAAGUGUUCCUGGUCAUUCUGCACCCUCCACAUUCCUCCUCUGAAACAGAACCCAGCAAUGCACUAUGGCUUACUUCCAAAGCUGAAUAUAUUGCUGAAUUUAGCUUAUUAAAAAAAAAAAAAAAAAAACACAACAAAAAUCACAACAGCAGCACAUUAUU